GUGCGCUUCCAGGGUGGACAAAAACACUCGGAUCGAUUUCAUCGGAUUCUCUACAGCCAAAUCAAUAAAUUAAUGUUGCCACAACAUUAGUAAUCCUUAUAUCUUACACUGGCGUAAGGCUGUGGAAACCGGCCGCGAACCAUGAUCCCUUGAAUCCUCGAAAUUCAGGAAAAGAGAAAAAAAUAUCUAAAUUUUAGAAACGAACUAAUUAUCGGUAAGAAGUUCUAUGCUUUCUUGACGGGUGCAUCUCUGCAGCCCAUAGUACCAUUGUAUUUUGUCUUCGUAGAAAACUAGAAUUUAAAAGGGGAAAAGUGAUUUUGUGACGUUCGUGCUUUUCUUCUCCCAGUGGUAUUGGGAGAAUGGAAUUAGCAAAAUAACAUGUGAAGUGAGAAUCGAAACCGCUCUCUUUCUGCUUUGGCAAAAAGUUUUAUGCUUUGUGUGAAAACGUUUAUUGUUAACGAUUUCUAUCUUUAAAAUAAUUGUCGGAAGAAGGUAUAAUAAUCGAUCUUAAUCUACCUUUGUACUAUAUUGGUUUAUCAUUUCAUCGAUCCUAGAGAGUGAAAGGAGAAAAAUCAGCCUCGGCAGAAUUUGAACUCGGAACUUAACGGGGCAUGACUUGAUAUCACAAGCAAUUGUCUGGCGCUUUGUCAAUUAAUUGUGUCACUUUGACAUUAAUUUAUCAAAUGUUAUUAACGGCAUGUUUGAGGUGAAACGGUUUCUUGUCAGGCCUCGAAAUAAACACCCCAUUGUCAUCUUUUAUGGAAUUUAUGCGUUUGACUCUCUCGCUUGCAACCCAUAAAUAAUAUUAAUCCCUUGUUACAAGAACAAUAACGACAUAACCAACUUACAUUAAAGCCUUAUGGUGGACAACAAGGCUUUGUGUUCUCCAGCGGUGGAAGCUGGAUCGAAUCCUAUACUUCGUCAUAUUUCACCUAUUAGUAGUGAGACUUGCUCUUGUCUUCCUUUUAUGAAAUUAAACAAAGGUACGACAACAUUUGGUCGCCAUCCCAAUAAUGAUUUCCUAAUUGAUUCUUCGACCUUGAAAAACUUUAUUUCACGCUGGCACUGUAAGAUCGAACCUUUCUAUUCGGCUGAGGGAAAAAUUACUUAUCGAAUAUUCGACUGCAGUUUAAACGGUACUUUCGUUAACGACUUCAGAAUAAGCAAGGAAGGCUGUGUCUUAAAGAAUGGCGACAAAAUAAUAUUCGGACAUCUGAACGGUUCCAACAUCAAAGCUGGUAGUUUCGCUCCGCAAAAAAAUUCAAUGUUUCAAUACGCGUUUCAAGAUGGUGAUAAUCUGUUACAUUUACCAAAGACCAAAAAUUUCAAAUAUACUUGGUCCAGCCCAUGUUGCAAAAAGGGUAAGAAAUGUUCUGCGGUGUAUAAGAAAAAACUGACAAAAUAUUGCUCCCCCAAAGUGAAAAAGAUAACGUCUUUCAGUAAAGAUUUUAAGAGUGAGCAAUUAACAAAGAAGAACCAUUCUUCUCCAGCAAAAAGCAAAAUGACAGAUUCUUCUGAAGAUACUUCCAGUCAGAUACAACAGCAGAAGAUAUCGAUACAGCGAUCAACUGACUUAGUGUUUGGGAAGUACUGCGACAGCAGUGAUAAUAGUGAGGGCAGUGAUACAAGUUUGUUGGACAAAGUGAAGUUGUCUGUGGAGAGUUUUGGUGCUAUUGACAGUGAUGUGUUAGACUCGAGUGAUAGUCCCAACAAGGGUUUCUAGAGGAACUCUUCAAGACGAACAGACUGGAUAUUCUAUAGACAUGUGAUGUUU